UCAGUUUAUCUCCUUUUCUAUUCUUUGUUGCAGAAUAAACACAUUUGGUUCUUCCACUCAAAGGAGAGAAAUUUUGAGAUAAUGCCGUCCAGAUUCUCAUCUCUCUUUUUCAAAAGCGAUGUCCAUAGCUAUCCUUCUCUUCUCUUCUUUCUUUUAUAGGCAUAAAGUAUCUUUCUUUCUUCCUCUCCGUCUCUCCCUCCCUCUCCCUCCCUCUCUGUCUUCAACCAUAGAUGGACGAUCACAAAGACUAGCAUCAAAAUUCAGUGAAAAGACGGGAUAUGGCCCUGUCCGAAUCCUAGCUUUUUGCUUCUCUCGAUCUACCAUGUUUUUAUACCGUUAUAAUUUCAUACUUCUUGGGGGCACAAGAUAGUUUCAGUAUUUCAUUUUCUCAAACAGCCGAUGCAAGUUUGCCAACCCAUUAGUAAAAAGGGCCACCACCAUAUUGUAUGAAAAUGGUGAAGGGUACGGCUUUGAUGGCAUUGCAGGCCCAGGUGCACGAGGACAAUUCGACAUUUCACGUUUUCCUCGCCGAAUAUUUUCCUGCUUUCCCUUUUUUACUUGCUUACUUUGAUAUAUAUGUUAUGGUGCGAGAGUCCGCCACAUUCGGCCGCAUCAAUCGACCAGCGGAAUCUAAAGCUAUCUCCUUUCACCACCCGGCUGCUUCAUUUCCACGAACCAUGUUCUAAAGUAACAAUAUUCCUAAAUUCUAAGCUAACUUUGACAAGUUACUUUUACUUGCAUUAAUGCAACUAUUUACGCCAUUAAUGGGGUUCCUGUUUCGUGUAUAAUCAUAUUAUAUAACCCCAUUCUUCGUAGAUACAAAUGAUACAUUUGGCUAUCACCUGCCUUCAUUUCCUUUGGUUUCUUCCAUUGCAAAGUAGAAAACAUGGCUGGGGCGUUGGUGGGAGGAGCGUUUCUCUCUGCGGUUCUCCAAGUGUUAGCUGAGAAGGUUGCAUCUCGUGAAAUCCUCGACUUCUUUCAGGGGCGAAAACUCCCCGAUAGACUCCUAAAGAAGUUGGACGCAACACUUUUGUCUGUGAGCGCAGUGCUCGAAGACGCGGAGGAAAAGCAAGUCACAAAACCUGAUGUAAGAAGGUGGAUUGAUGAGCUGAAGGAUGCGUUCUACGAUGCAGAGGACAUCUUGGAUGAGAUUGCUACUGACGCCUUGCAACGUAAAUUGGAUGCUGAAUUUGAAACCACCGCAAAAAAGGUACGGAAUUCUAUCUCUUGUCUUAAUCCUUUUGUGAAGGAUACAGAAACAAAGAUAGAAGUGGUGCUUGAGACACUAGAAUAUCUAGCAAGUCAAAAAGAUGCUAUAGGUUUGAGAGAUGGUGUUGGAGGGAAACAAUACGAAAGAUUCCCUACAACCUCUUUGGUUGAAGAAUCCCAUAUUUGUGGUAGAAGUGAAGAUAGGGAGAUAAUAAUUGAGGAGUUGUUGUCAGUUGGCGUAAAUGGCAAAGAGAUGAGUGUGAUUGCCAUAGUCGGCAUGGGGGGAAUCGGCAAGACCGCCCUUGCCCAGAUUGUAUACAAUGACAGCAAGGUGAAGGAGCAUUUUAACGUUGUAGCAUGGUUUUGUGUUUCGGAUGAAUUUGAUAUAUUUAAGAUAGUGAAAACAAUUCUAGAGAAAGUAACCAAGUCAUUCUAUGAUACAAAAGAUCUAGACGAGAUUCAAGUUACACUAAAGGAAAAAUUGGCGGGAAAGAGAUUUCUUUUUGUUUUAGAUGAUGUUUGGAAUACAAAUUAUGUUCAAUGGGAGGUUCUAAGCAAUUCCUUUAAAUCUGGAGCGCAAGGAAGUAAGGUCAUUGUGACAACACGCGAGGCUGACGUUGCAUUAGCCAUGCGUGCUGAUGUAACUCGUAAUCUCUCGAACUUACUAGAAGAAGAUUGCUGGUCACUUUUUACAAAACAUGCAUUCCCCAAAGGAAAGGCUGAUGCUUAUCCACAACUAGAAGCAUUAGGUAGACAGAUUGUGGAGAAGUGCGGAGGUCUUCCUUUAGCAAUCAAAACAAUUGGGGCUCUUUUAAGGUCUAAAUUGGAUGUUGCUGAAUGGGAUAUGAUAUUGAAGAGCGAGUUAUGGGAUUUACCAAUUGAGCAGAUAAAUGUCAUGCCCGUUCUAAGAUUAAGCUACAAGCAUCUCCCCUCACAUCUGAAACGGUGCUUUGCUUAUUGUUCAAUAUUUCCCAAGGAUUAUGUUUUUGAAAAAAAUCAAUUAAUAUUUCUAUGGAUGGCUGAAGGUUUCUUGCAAGAACAAGGAAACAAAACAAUGGAAGAAACUGGCGAUGAUUACUUCCAAGCUCUCGUGUCAAGAUCAUUAUUCCAACAAUUAAACGACAAUAAAUCACAAUUUGUAAUGCAUGAUCUUGUCAAUGACCUAGCAAAAUUUGUGUCUGGGCAAUGUACCGUUAGAUUGGAAGGUGACUGUUCUUACAAGAUCGGAAACAAGACUCGCCAUCUAUCCUAUGUCAAAACAAAAUUUGAUAGCUUUAAGAAGUUCCAGCCUUGUCACGAGGCUACGCAGCUGCGCACCUUCUUACCACUAGAAUUGUUAUCGAUUCCUUUCUCCCACUUAUCCAAAAAGGUACUAUUUGAAUUAUUGCCACAAUUUACAUACCUGCGAGUGCUUUCUUUGUCCGAGUAUGGCAAUGUGACCGAAUUGCCUGACUCAAUUGGCAAAAGUAAACAUCUGCGAUAUUUAGACCUUUCCUUCACUGCCAUCAAAAGACUGCCUGAUUCUAUAUGUAAGUUAUGCAAUUUGCAAACAUUGAAGCUUUUGGGUUGUCCAAAUCUUACUUCAUUGCCACAAAAAAUGUGGAAACUCCUUAAUUUGCGUCAUCUUGAUAUUACUAGCACUGGAAUAAAAGAGAUGCCGAUAACACUGGAUGGACUAAAAUGUCUCCAGACAUUGACUCAAUUUGUGAUUGGCAAAAAUAAUGAGUCUUGCAUUAAAGAGUUAAGAAAACUUGCCAGUCCUCGGGGAAAGCUUUCUAUUAGAGAGCUCCAAAAUGUUGAAUUUCCAAGGGAUGCAUUGGAUGCAAGGAUGAAGGACAGGAGGUACCUUGAGGAGUUGGGGUUGGAAUGGAAUGAUGAUAUUAACAUUUCAGAGAGUCAAAGAAGUGUACUUGAGAAUCUUGAGCCCCACAUAAAUUUGAAAAGUCUAACCAUUAACUAUUACGGUGGGAAAAUCUUCCCAGAUUGGGUGGGGCAUCUUUCAUUCUCUAAAAUGGCAUCUAUUUAUCUACAAAACUGUAAACACUGCAGCAGCUUGCCACCACUUGGGCAACUACCCUUUCUGCAGGAGCUUCAUAUUGUUGGGUUUGACGAACUUGUAACAGUUGGUCCUGAGUUUUAUGGCAGUGGCGAUUCUCUAAUUGAGCCAUUUGGGGCCUUGAAAGAUCUAAUAUUUGAGAAUAUGGUCAAGUGGAGGAUAUGGGUUUCUUUUGGAGUGGAAAAUGGAGGUAGAGCUUUUCCUAAUCUUGAAGGGCUUAAUAUUCGGUCCUGCCCCAGAUUUACAGGAGCAUUACCUACAGAUCUUCCUUCUUUAUACUAUCUCGAGGUUAAUAAAUGUCCGCAACUGGUAGCUUCACUCCCAAGGGCUCCUCUUUUGUGGCUUAGACUCUGUAAUGAGGUUCUCUUGAAGGAGUUGCCAACUGGAUUGCUAGAGAUCACAAUUGAAGGAUUUGACGCAUUAGAGCCUGUACUGGAUGGAAUAAUGGACUCUGACAGUUGUCUUCACGACUUAAGAAUCAGAGACUGUUCUUCCCUUACGUGUCUUCCCAUGCGCAGUUUACCAUCCACUUUAAAAACCCUUGAGAUUACAAACUGUAUGAAGUUAGAGCUCCCAAUGUACCUGGAUUAUUCAUCCCUUGAAAAUGUGAGUUUAAACGGUUGUGAAUCUCUCAGGUCAUUUCCAUUAGAUUUAUUCCCAAAGCUUCGUAUUCUUGAUAUCAAUGAGUGUAGGAAUCUGGAAUCCAUUGCACUUCAAAAACAUCAUGUAUAUGAUAUGAUGGCUUUCGAGAUCAAUAUCUAUAAUUGCCCUAAUUUUGUAUCUUUUCCAAAAGGACUGUGUGCCUCUAAUCUUACAUGGUUUCGGGCCAUCAACUGUGGGAGUUUGAGGUCACUGCCUGACAAUAUGCACGAACGGCUUCAAUCUCUUCAGUAUUUAUAUAUUGAACAAUGUCCGGAAGUCGUGUCAUUACCUGAAGGGGGCUUUCCUCCCAGUCUGAAUUCAAUUAGCAUAUGCCGUUGUGACAAACUAUUUGCCAAUCGGAUACAAUGGGGUUUGCAGAAACUCUCUUCAGUUAGAACUAUGAUAAUUGCUGACGAAUCUGAAGAUGUGGAGUCCUUUCCAGAGGCGGGGUUGCUGCCCAGCAGUCUGACCUCUCUCCGCAUCUGUGGUUUUCCCAAAAUGAAAUAUUUGGACAAGAAGGGGAUUCAACACCUCACUUCUCUUGAAGAAUUACAGAUUGAUGACUGCCUUAAGCUCAAGUGCAUGCCAGAAGAGGGCCUGCCUGCCUCCCUUUCAAUUCUGAAGAUAAAAAACUGUGCUUUGUUGAAGAAACAAUGGCAAAGGAAAAAAGGAAAAGAAUGGCGCAAGAUUGCUCAAGUCCCUAGCAAAUUGAUUGAUUUGGAAUGGCUCGAAUGAGCUGAAAAGUCUAGCGAGGCCCCUACUCUGUUAUAAUAUCAGCUUUUGGACUCAGCAGAUUCAUCUCGAAUGAAAUCUGAAAUGGUAUAAAUGUCUUGCCGGGGCAUCUUUUGGCUUUUGUCAACCUCCUCAGGUGUUCAGCUGGUCAUUCGGAGGUUUGUGGCUGCAACUUAAUUCUUGAUCGAAGAUGAUUUGGUCAGUCAAUUUAAUUGGCAAAUUUGACUGAUGAUACACCUUUGUCAAGCUCUCGUAAUGACUUGCUAUUGGGGAUACUACCCUUGGUUCAGAACAAUUGCCGCAAGAACUAGAUGAUUAAGGGGAGUGUUGACCCAGCAUUGGAUGAGGGGAUUAUAGAAGCACCGAAUGAACAUCACAAAAUACAAUAUACUAAAGCAACCUGUGUGUUCCUAGCAGUCUGUAUGGAGGAAAUUAUCAACAUUCCUGCAGUUCUCCUUAUGGAGGAUGAUAUGGCAGUCCUGCCCCAUAUCGACCCCCAAAAGACAUACCUUCCAUGCCUGGUCUGAUCCCUUCGCAGAGCUAUAUCAGCAUUUAGCAGCCACAUUGGUUUCUCAGGAUACAAUCCUGGAACCGAUUAUCCUAAUCAACCCAUACCACCUAGGUUGGUCCUGUUGUCCCUUUUACUUUACAACUGGGCUCAGUUCCUGGCCGUAAAAUGCCACAGACUGCAGUUCUCACCCCACAGCCGCUGGGAUUUAGGCCAGUGGAUUCAUGGUUAUUCAAAGACCCUGGAUAGGUUCAAUGCAACCAUCCAGCCCUACUCGGAUAGCAUCAGCACCACCCACCAUUGUAGUUCUUCGAUUGCAACCACCCAGGCUUUGGAUUAAG